UCGCGUCGGAGCAGUCGAAGCACAGAGUGGAGCUGCUCGAGUUGCGGCCGUCAUUAUUUUCCUGGAUUCCGUGGUGUACGCGUCGCCCACUUGCGCCAGGAUACGUGGCCGCCGCGCGAGGUGAUCGAUUCCCGACGGAGGCGCAGUCUCGACGUCUCCCGUGUCCGCGAAUCGCUUUCGUUUGCUCCACGUCGGUCGGGCCCGACGCGAUUCGCUGGUUUUUCGCCACGCACCUACCCGUGUCUGUGUAAAUAGCCAUUUGUUGAUUUAAAGUGUGCAGUGAGAUCAAUUAGUGGGAAACCAAAUGGUUGUGCUCGAGGAAGGCAGUAUGCUGACUACUGGACACAAUCAGUAUUUACAACCGGAUUAUCUUUCACCGCUUCCAACUUCGGUACAGUUGGACGCGAAAAAGAGUCCGCUGGCACUGUUGGCGCAGACAUGCAGUCAAAUCGGAGCGGAUUCGCCUACGAAACCGCUGAUCUCGCCUUUGGAAAAGAGCUCGAAGGGCAUGAGCAUCGCAACGAACGCGAAAUCGCCGCCGGCCACGAAAUUGGAGCGCAACACUCGCGGCAGUCCGACGGACGGCGGCAAGUCGUUGGCGUUCAAGCCGUACGAAGUCAACGUGGUGACGAAGAAGACCACGGACGAGGGUAGACCCACGUCCAAAGCCAGUGUACACAGUGUCAGUGGUCAGGAUAGUGUCAGUGUGAGUGACAGCAUGCAUCCUGACAAGAAAUCAUCCGGCAAUCGCACGCCGGUGAGCCGAAAGUCCGCGUCGCCGAGCAGCCAAGCGACGGCAACGACGACCAGUGGCACACCGUCGGUCGAUCGGAAGACCCCGGCGGACCGCGAGAAGACCGAUGGUUCGCCACGGAGCAGCAGCAGCAGCAACAACAACAACAACAACAAUAGCAGCAGCAAUAACAACAACAAUGGUGCGAGUCCAAUUAUCAGAUCCGGAAUGGAGAUCCUUUCCGGUGCGGCGCACACAAAGGACGCGAAUCUAGCCGCUUACAAACCGGGUCUAGCAGGGUUCACAGGCAAUCCACUGUGCUGUCCGCCGGGCCUCGCCGAGAAUCCGGCAUUCAGGCCGCCCUUCGCGGGCGCAUCGCCCUUCUCGCAUCACGCGGCGGCGCUGUUGUCCGUCGGGUAUCCGUCGGCUGGUCCGACCGGCGGCAAUCCGUACUUGAGUUACGCCCGCGUGAAGACUCCCGCCGGCGGCGAGGCCCUGGUGCCGGUCUGCAAGGAUCCUUUUUGCACCGGGUGCCAGUACAGUAUGCACAGCGCGCAAAUAAUGAUGAGCGCGGGUAGCUGUCCGAGCGGUUGCACGCAGUGCGACCAUCAGAAGUACGGUCUGGCGAUGGCGUUAUCGUCCCUGGGCCCGAUGCCGCCGCCGUCGUUGUCCUAUCCGUCCACGCUGGCGGCCGGCGGCCGGCCCUACGUCUGCAACUGGAUCGCCGGCGAGUCGUACUGCGGCAAACGAUUCGCCACGUCGGAGGAGCUGCUCCAGCAUCUACGUAGCCACACGAGCCUGACCGGCGGCGAGCACGCGGCGGCGCUCCUCGGUAACCCGCAUCCGCACCCGCUGCUCUCGCCGUCGACCACCCUUCAUCGCGCCAGUGGCGGUACCUACCCGGCGCCGUCGCUGAGCCCCCUCGGAGCGCGAUAUCAUCCGUACGGCAAGCCGCCGACGGGCCCGCUACCGGCGUCGCUCGCCGCCUCGCCGUACUCCGCUUUCAACGCCUUAGGACCGUAUUACUCGCCGUACGCGGUUUACGGACAGCGAAUCGGCGCCGCCGUACAUCCCUAAGAUGGAUUUUUCCUGCGGGAGGGAGGAUUGGGAGGGAAAAGGUGGUAGUAGGAUCUUUUCGAAAGGGACCUUCUUCUCGUUCCUCCCUCUGUUUCUCCGUCUCUUUUUUCCUUUUCGCAGUGUGUACAGUUGGAAAAAUGUGCAAAUUCAUGGACGAGCUUGCCGUCUAAAAACUGUUGUGUAAAUAGCCACUGUGUACAAUACAGAUUUAUUUAAAAGAAUUCUAUAUAUGUAUAUAUAAAUAUAAAUAUAUGUGUACAUUGAAGAUUAUGAUUAAAGUUUAUGAAACAACUUGACAAGUGUUAAAGUUGCAUCGCGAGACCAUUCUCUCGCGGAACUUCUAUGAUACCAGAGUAAUACGCAUCUCUAUUAAAAAUCCGGUUACCAUGUAGGGGGAAGGAUUACAUGCCAGCUGUAAGUUGAUAUUGUCGCAAUUGCCGGACAGACACAAAAGCCUCGCCUCUCUAUAUGCGGGAUUUAACAACUACGAGGCAUUCCCGACUGCGCUUCUGAAUCGCGUGCUGUUAGAGUUUUUUUGGCGAUUCAAACGAGACGUUCCGCUGUACGUCAUUGUCACGUUUUACAGGUUACGUACAACGUAACAUCUCGUAUUCGGCGACGUACGGACGUAUAUGUUUGCGAAAAUUGCAAAGUGCUACUGUAUGUUUCCCGACGCUCCGCAAACGCGAGCCUCUUGUGCUAAAUGCGUUCGAUAGCGCGCGGCACCGUACACGUUAAGAACGGUUUUGUUCAAGUAUCUAUCAAUUUAACUAUAAUAGAUACAGAUCUAAAGGUAAUUUUGUUGGAUUAUUAAAAUAAUUAUAACUGUCAACAUAAUUAGAACGCUCAAGACGGUUGUUAGAAUGUUAAAAUUGCGACAUUGCUCAUCAUGCUUGAGAACGUUCUAAGUAAUUAUUUGGAUAGUCCAACAUAAUUAUUUUCAGAUCUGUAUCUAGCUAAAUUUUUAACUACUUCAAUAAAACUGUUCUAUUCGUGUACGGACGAUCGCGUGUAAUUUUAUGUCCACAAUAUAACUGUGAUAUUACGCUACUCUUUUGAGAAAACGAACAAAUAAGAAAAGGAUAUUAUUAAUGAACGUAUCUGAGAUAUCUCCGUAAUAAAUCACAAUGUUGUAAUUUAUUAUCGUUAGUUGUGUAAGGCAAACACUGAAUACCGCGUUGCAGAAAACGAAAAUAAAAUUGAUCUAGAGAAUCUGUUUUAUCAUUUUCUUUUCAAAAUUCGGUAAUCGCACUGGGAUGAUUUUGAUCAGGGUAUACCUGGGAGCGUAUCGGAUCGUAUCGUCCAACAUCAGAUCGUUACACGUCGAAUAGAAUAUUCUAAUAAAAGCGAAGAAUAACAUGGUAUACGAUACGCGCCUUAUCCGCAUUGUAAAUAUCUCUUGUAAAUAUCGUUGAGUUUCCAUACCGCUUUAAUAAAAACAAUGUUUGUAGAAUUAUUU